CAAAUCCGACUAAAUCCUUAUCACCCAUCUCGUUUUCCGAUCAUCAAACCCCCAAAAGACCAUACCCAGAUCACUAUCUUUCAGUACGUGAAGAACCCAUGGUCGACCAACCAACGAUUCUCGAAACUCUAACAUGUUAUGCCAACGAUUGGAAACGCGCAAUGGACUUCUUCAACUGGGUUGAAGCUGAAUGUGGGUUCAAACACACCACUGAGACAUAUAAUCACAUGAUUGAUAUAUUGGGUAAGUUUUUCGAAUUCGAUCGUGCCUGGCAACUGCUCGAUAAAAUGCCUGAGAGGGACCAUACUACGUUUCGUGUAAUGUUUAAGCGUUAUGCUGCCGCACACCUUGUUCAAGAAGCGAUCAGUACUUUUGAUAAGUUGGGAGAGUUUAACUUGAAAGAUGAGACGUCUUUCUUGAAUCUCGUGGAUGCAUUGUGUGAAUUUAAGCAUGUGAUUGAAGCUGAAGAGUUAUGUUUAAAAAAAGACAAGAACUUUAAUGAAAAGAUUGCGGGUUUUGUGAUGGGUACUAAAGUAUAUAAUAUGAUUCUUCGUGGGUGGUUGAAAAUGGGAUGGUGGUCAAAGUGUAGAGAAUUUUGGGAGCAGAUGGAUAAAGAUGGGAUUAUUAAAGAUUUGUAUUCAUAUUCGAUAUAUAUGGACAUUCAAUGCAAGAGUGGGAAGCCAUGGAAGGCUGUGAAGCUGUAUAAAGAGAUGAAGAAGAAAGGAAUUAAAUUGGAUGUGGUAGCAUACAACACCGUUAUCCGUGCCAUCGGUGUUUUGGAGGGUGUUGAUGUGGCUGUCCAUCUUGGUCGUGAAAUGCUGGAAUUGGGUUGUGAACCAAAUGUUGUAACUUACAAUACAAUCAUUAAGCUUUUGUGUGAAAAUGGGAGGGUCCUGGAGGCAUAUAAAGUGCUUGAUAAAAUGUUUAGGAGAGGGUGUGCUCCCAAUGCCAUCACUUAUCAUUGCAUUUUCCGGUACCUAGAGAAGCCUAAUGAGAUUCUUGCACUGCUUGAUAGGAUGAUUGAAAGUGGUGUACGGCCAACAAUGGACACAUAUGUGUUGCUUAUAAGGAAAUUUGGGAGAUGGAGUUUUCUUCGACCGAUUUUUAUAGUUUGGAAGAAGAUGGAAGAUGAUGGCUUGAGUCCAAAUGAGUUUGCUUAUAAUGGUUUGAUUGAUGCUUUGGUGGAAAAAGGUAUGAUUGAUAUGGCAAGGAAGUAUGACGAAGAGAUGUUGGCGAAAGGGCUCUCAGCCAAGUUGAGACCAGAGCUAGUAAGGGGAGAAUGUGAUGAUGGAUGAUGGACCUAUGUAAUUUUAUUGGGCACAUCUCAAUGUAUGAAGAGAUAUGUUGGUUGGCUGGUGUGAAACAAAUCAAGACAUAAUGAGGCUUCAUUUAUACUUGGUGAGAAGAAUCAAUAUGAAACUCAUAAAACAGAAUAGAUGAUGCGAAUAAAUAGAAUAUAGCCUAGGUUGCCGAGUCUGAAUGGGCUAACUUACCAUGGGAGUUUAGAAGGCGAGAGGGUGAUGUUAGGGAGACAAAGAAGCAAAUAUGACACUUAUGGCUUAUUCGAGGUGCAGUUAAUUAUUACUCCCUUCGUUUUAUCA